CCCCCCCGCCCCCUCCCCUUCCCCAGCCCCUUUCCCCUCCUCCCCUCGCUCCUUAAACGGGAUUCCGGCUGGGCGAGCCGCGGGACGGCAUCACCGGGCAUCCCGCGGCCGCGGAGCCCCGCGGGUCUGUCAGGUCCCCGCUGUCCCUCCCCGCGCACACACGCUCAGCCCGACCCGGAAAGCAGGAAAAAGAAUUUACAGGCUUUCCCCCCUUUUGCUUUAAGCUCCUCGCCCGUGGCUCCCUAGUGGAAAAAAAAAAAAAAAAUCUCCCCUGGGGUGAAGGGGAGGGGGGUUGGGAAGAAGCCGGUGGGGAAGGGGAAGAGCCGCUCGGUGGGGAGGGCCCCCCCUCAAGGCAGCGGGCAGCCCCCAGCAGCCCCCCGGGGGGGGAUGAGGUAGAGGCCGGCGGCGGAGCGCCCCGCCGGGCGCCGUGGCCGCGGAGGGCAUGAGGCGGCGAGCGGCGGGGAUGGGCGCCAGCGCUCGGUGCUAGAGCCCCGGCGGCAGCCAAGGUCUGAGAGGACGGUAGCCUGUACGAUACAGAAGGAUCUGGUUUUCAAAAUGGAAUUGCAGCUCGCGCUCCUUUUUGCUGGGAUAAUUGCAUUUUCGGACUCGGCGAGAGGCCCCCCAAGGAUUGCUGAUAAAGUGAUUCACCGUCAGUCCGUGAGGCUAGGAAGGACCAUCAAGCUCCUGUGCCCAGUGGAGGGUGACCCCCCUCCUCUUACCAUGUGGAUGAAGGAUGGACGCACUAUCCACAGCGGCUGGACGAGGUUCCGAAUCCUUCAGCAAGGGCUGAAAAUCAAGGAGGUGGAAAGCGAAGAUGCAGGAACCUACAUUUGCAAAGCCACCAACGGUUUCGGCAGCACCAAUGUGAACUACACCCUCAUCGUGAUUGAUGAUACCAGCUCAGGGAAGGAUAGCCAGGUACCUGAAGGCUCCAAUGGAGAAUAUGAAGAUCAUUCUGGGAAGCAAUGGGCCCGGCCCAGGUUCACGCAGCCUGCCAAGAUGAGACGGAGAGUGAUCGCCCGUCCUGUCGGCAGCUCCAUCCGCCUGAAGUGCGUGGCAAGCGGGAACCCACGGCCUGACAUCACGUGGCUGAAGGACAACAAGCCCCUCACACCCCAAGAGAUUGGGGAGAACAAGAAGAAGAAGUGGACGUUGAACCUGAAGAACCUGAAGCCAGAAGAUAGUGGGAAAUACACCUGCCGAGUGUUUAACAAAGUCGGAGAAAUCAAUGCAACAUACAAAGUUGAAGUAAUCCAGAGGACGAGGUCCAAGCCCAUCCUGACAGGGACACACCCCGUCAACACGACGGUAGACUACGGUGGGACCACGUCCUUCCAGUGCAAAGUCCGCAGCGAUGUCAAACCUGUCAUCCAGUGGCUGAAAAGGGUGGAGUACGGCACGGAGAGCAAGUACAACUCAACCAUCGACGUUGGGGGACAGAAGUUCGUUGUGCUGCCCACAGGGGAGGUCUGGUCCCGUCCCGAUGGUUCCUACCUGAACAAACUGAUGAUUACUCGAGCCAAGGAAGAGGACGCAGGGAUGUACAUUUGCCUAGGGGCAAACACCAUGGGCUACAGCUUUCGCAGUGCUUUUCUCACAGUCCUGCCAGAUCCGAAGCCUCCCAGUGCACCUGUGCCCCCCUCCUCGGCCAGCAGCCUUCCCUGGCCCGUGAUCAUCGGCAUCCCCGCCGGAGCUGUCUUCAUCUUUGGAACAAUCCUCUUGUGGCUUUGCCAGACCAAGAAGAAACCCUGUUCCCCACCAGCUGCUGCCCCCGUGCACCGGCCGCAGCCCCGGGACAGAAUCUGUGUCUCCCAGGUCCCCGACAAAGACUGCAUCUCCUCCAUAAACUAUGAGGAAUAUGUCGCCCAGCAUCAGCAUUUACUGUCGCAAGGGCCAGCACUCGCCCCAGCCAUGGCCUCCAAAAUGUACCCAAAGAUUUACACGGACAUCCACACCCACACCCACUCACACGUGGAGGGCAAAGUCCAUCAGCACCAGCACAUUCAGUACCAGUGCUAAAAGGGUGGCCGUGUACAGUAGCUCGUUUGGGCUUUUCCUUGUGGUACCUCAGAAGAGACUGCUCCAAGUCAGCUCACACUGCCAGCAAUAGGCAAAGCAGACAGAAAAGAUUUUAUAUAUAAUUUUAAAUAUAUAUAUACAUAUAUAUAAUUGUAUAUGCGUGUGUGUAUGUGUGUAUAUAUAUGUGUAUAUAUCUAUAUCUAUCUAUAUAAAUAUAUAUAUAAUAGAGAAAGACAGAGAGAGAAAAGAGAUUUUUUUUUUUAAUUAUUGCAAUCAGGAUGUAGCCGAGGAAUAAUGAAGGAACUCCAAAUCUCAGCAGAGAGGCAGCCAUCCCCAGCAGCGGAGCCUUCCCGGAUUUUUUAAUCAAGGUGGCGACAAGUGGGACAGGACACAGGGACGUGACCCACCACCUUCUUCCUUGUGUUGCUAAAAGGAGCAAGAAGAGCAAGAGGCGACUGUGGUGCUUUUCUGGAUGGGCACUGCUGUUCCUGUGCCUGCUGCACAUCACUUGCAUCAGAGGGAAGCCCCCAGACCUGCUCUGCAUGACUUGAGCUCUAAAGUACCUUAGGUUUAGUGUCAAAGCACCAGAAGACAUAUUCACCACGAAUUCACCUCUUCCAGGGGUAAAAAAUAACACAAGAGGGUCUGGAAAAAAUAGAUUCUGUUCACAACAUGAAAUGCCAAAUGCUUCUCAAUCAUGGUCGUUCGAUCUGAACGCUAACAAGGCUGCUUAGUUCGAUUUCUGCAACUUGAAGGCAUCGUGGUUCCCAUAGGGGGUUCUGCAGACCAAACCACAAGUGCUCCACUCCCCAGUCCUAGGACUCAGUGCUGCUGCCAGGAAAAAGGAAAGAGGAAAGAGGAACAUUGUACAGAACACCUUUAUAUUUAUAUUUAAGAAAUAAUAAUUAAUAAUAAUAAUAAUUGAACUGCUGAUGGUGAAGAAAGCAAAACACGCUGUCCUUCUCUGAUGGUUCACAGUGACAAGCUACUGGAUUUUCUACAUGAAUGAAAAAUACAUUACAACAUUAGAAGAAAGAAUAAGAAACAAAGAAAAUGAAAUAAUAAUCUUGUAGGAAAAAAUGCAUUUGAGAAAUAUUCACCUAGGUUGUGUGUGGUUGUCCCCUCCCCUCAGAUAACCUUUUGGAAAUUAUACAACUUCAUUGCAGUUCAAACAACGGUAAAAACAGAAAGAAGAAAAAAUAAAUAAGGACCAUAUUAAAUACCUAUAUGGACUGGAAAUGAAUCCAAUUGCAAAUAUAAAACCUUUGUAAUUCUAUAUAGAGUUUAAACAGAAGUCAUGUAUAUUUAAUUUAUUUUGUUAAACAAGAAAAAAAUGUAUGAUAUUUUCCUCAAAACAGGCAUUUCUAUACAUAUUUUUGAUCAAAGAAAAUAAAGAAUUUUUUUUUUCAGGUUCUAUAGAUGCCACGCUCAGAACACACUCAAUGUAGCAUGUGACCGCACUUCUCCUAACCUAAAGGUCAUCUAUCUCUAUGCCUUUUUACACUAGCCACGUGUAAUCUCCUAACAUCAUCUCAGGUACCGCUGGUGCCAUCGUUUCCAUCAGAAACUGCCCUUGUGAGGGUCUGCAGGGGCCAGAUUUUCUCAUGGACCUCUCUGCAUCUUCAGUAACAAAGAUCUCUGCUUGCAGGGCAAUCUGUUUAGCUAUGCAUUUUUUGGGGGGGGAAGGAGGUUGCAUUUGGUUUUUAAGCACAAACCUGCAGUGGGUUUCCAUUUAAAAGAAAAAUUUGUAAAUCAAAUCAUAAGAAUUUGUGAGCCUGUAAAGUGAACUUUGGCCUCAGGGUGCUUGGGAGGGGAAAAUACGAAAUGUAGGUGAAACACUUCAUUUGUAAAUACAGCUGCUGAAGGAGCCAGCGGGGAGGUGAGCUGGGUGCCGUUAGAAGAGCAUGUGGGGAGCUGCUCCCCUUCAGGAGGGCUCACACCUUUGUUCUGCUGCACGCCAAGGAGAGGCACCCAACCCUUUAGCAGCCAAACUUUUCUUUAGAGAAGGCAGGUUCAGUAAUGCUGCAACUGUUUGCUGUUCACUUGAGUUUCACUUAAAGGUGGCUGGGAAAAAAAACCCUGAAGUUUUGAAACAUGCCAAUUUUUAAAUUUGAACUUACUUCCUGCUCAAGCCUGUUCCACGAAAGAGAUCUUCGGCAAACCAGCUGCUCUGUUUAAAAGUGAAACACUUCAUUCAACGUAAAACAAAACGGUGCUUUAGGCUUUGCUUUUCUCUGAACUUUUCUGAAGGUAUUUGCUCUGGGUUGACUUGCAGUGAUUUUUCUGCUGGCUUGUUUGAGUCACCAGCAAACCAAACAGUUCCCUGUUUGCUCAGCCGUACCGCUGUGAGAUGGGGCCCCGAUUCAGCGAAGCAUGUAAGCUCCCGCUUUCCUUCACCAAUACAUGCUCUUCCAAAAAGGCCCUUUUUUGCCUUAGCCAGCUGGAUCAGUGGCUCCCACCGCACCAGUGCUGGCUGGAGCCAUCCGAUAACUCUGGGGAAGGGGAGGAGGAGGAGAAGGAGGAGGAGGAGAAGGAGGAAGUAGAAGAGGGAGACCUUCCUACUCACAUGGAGUUUACCAGCUGGCACUGUUGCAAUUAAGCGCAAUUAAGCGCUGCAUAGCACACUUCUCUGCUUUCUUGCAUGCUGUAGUAGGAAAUCCAUGUUAUAACCUCUGCCGGAAGACCAUUGUGAGGGAUGGUCUUCCUGUAGAGGUUAUAACGAAGCAACCCAUUGCUUUUUUUUUUUUUUUCAGGGGGAAGGUUCAGUUACACUUUGUUAACACAAAUUUAUGAAGUCUGAAAAAGCUAAAUUGAGAUCAUGGGUAUCUUUGUGCAACCUCACAGCUUCAGGGAGACUUAAAUAUGAGCAGUGAGAGCUCUGUUCAGAUACAAGGCAUGACUUAGGCAGGAGUUCUUAGUGGCUGUAGUUUAUUGAGUCAUUUCAUUAAAAAAAAAAAUCUAAAAAGCCUUUAUAUACUAAAUGCAUCACCUUUAUUUCAAGAAGGCAGUAAGUGGAUGUUUCCAUUAGGGACACUAAGGGCUACAUCUCCUAUCUCAUGCCCAUGGGAAGCUACUUGCACCACAGUACGUACCGAGCUGCUGCACAUUUCAGCAGCAUUAGGGGCAUGGCAGAGGGGCAAGGCAGAGCCCGCAGCCCUUCUCUGCUCUCUGUGCCGACCCUGCAGUGGGAGGACACUUCUGACACAUGCUGUCGUAGUGGAACUGAUACCAGCUUCAAAUGUGGAGCUGAACGCUGGCAAACCCUAAGAGAUUGUCCUAUGGCACUUUUUCAAAUGGCAGCUAUAUCGCUGACCCUCAGAGAGAGGGUUAGUGGGUUAAAAGAAGCAAUUCUGUGUUUCCCACACAGCCCAGUCUUCCACGCUGAGCAUAAUGCCCUCCACUGGUGCCUUCUGCCCUUUGUGAUCCAGCUCUGUAGUGUUGCAUAAUGCAGCCAAAACUUUACAUGUUGCCAGAUGUGCGGGAGGAGUGGCUUCCUCCUGCCCUUCAAAGCUCCUGCCUUUAGACACAGGUCUCUAGUGAUGCUGUUAUAGAGAUUUCCCAAGGGGACCGCUGCAGUAAACCACCCAGCAUGGACGAUGCAAUGGCCAGGUGCAGCUGCAGCUCUGAGCCAUGGUGCUGAGACAGCAACUCUGGUUUUGGAUGUGCUCUGUGAGAUGCUAUAAAGGUCUUGCUUUGCAGAAAGCUUGGGGUCUUCAUUCUGCAUUAGCUAUCAGCUCCCUCUUGAGCAUCUCUUGUUGGGCACCCAAAUUGGUGUGAAUUUUCCCCCUAGAAAAAUAUCAUUAUAUGUUCUAUUUAAGAGGGGCUAUAUACAGUGUCUGGGCCUUGCGCUGGCUUGCUGUGUCUGGGUGGGGUUUGCAUUUCUGAGGAGUUAUUUUGCCUCCACAAGGUAUCUGUAAGUGCUCUUAAGAGUCCCUCUGUCCCAUGCCCUACUGCAUGCCAUUUAUUUUUAGGGCUUGAUUGUGCCUUGCAUGUACUGCAGAGUCUUCCUUACUCUUAAUAAAUUCAGCCAGGUCCUG